GUGUUUUUAGAUGGAAACUUGAAAUUUGUUUCCAUCUAAAAAAUAAUUUCUCAAAUAUUAUGACCCACGUUUUUACUGAAGGGGUUUAAGCAUUAAUUCAUAGUAUGUAAAGAUCUUAUUCAUACUUAACAUUUUCUUUCCAGUUUCCAAGCAUUGGGAGCUUUCCUCGCAUGCGAUCGUUCUCGUUUGCUCCGCCCUUUUGUCUGUUUCUCACUCUGCCUGAGAGCCCCAGUCCCUGUCUUUCUCAUUUCUCUAGAAUCUACCACCAGCAAUGGAAGCCAAGCUAUUAGAAUCUGGUAAACCAGGCACUCCAGCCCUCAUUACCUUCAAAUCUUCAAGACCCACUUUGCAUUUCGCCUCCCAGACGACCCUUAAAUUUCUCCAGUCACAUUCUGGUAGGAAUGGGCUUCGCCCUCUUCUAGCGUCUUCUGCUUCUUCUACUUCCUCCUCGCCCUUCAGAUAUGCAACGAAGAAGAGGGUGGAUGAGAGUGAAACCUUAACUCUAGAUUGUAUAAGACACUCUUUAAUUCGACAAGAGGAUAGCAUAAUAUUUAGCCUUUUGGAGAGGGCUCAGUAUUGUUAUAAUGCAGACACAUAUGACCAUGAUGCAUUCUCCAUGGACGGGUUCCAUGGUUCUUUGGUUGAAUUCAUGGUCAGGGAAACUGAAAAGCUCCAUGCUCAGGUAGAUAGAUAUAAGAGCCCGGAUGAGCAUCCUUUCUUCCCAGCAGGCUUACCUGAGCCGAUGCUUCCACCUUUGCAGUACCCACAGGUUUUGCAUCCCUGUGCUGAUUCAAUUAAUAUGAACAAUAAGGUGUGGAAUAUGUAUUUUAGAGAUCUUCUUCCACGAUUGGUCAAAACAGGAGAUGAUGGUAACUAUGGAUCAGCCGCUGUUUGUGACACACUUUGUCUACAGGCACUCUCCAAGAGAAUCCACUAUGGUAAAUUUGUAGCAGAGGCAAAAUUUCUCUCAUCCCCUGUUUCGUAUGAGGCUGCCAUUAGGGUACAAGACAGGGCUGGACUCAUGGAAUUGCUGACAUAUGAAACAGUGGAAGCAGCUGUCAAGAAGAGAGUGGAGACGAAGGCUAAAAUAUUCGGGCAAGAUGUGAGGAUGAACCAAGAGGAAGAUGAGGCUGGUCCUGCAUACAAAAUCAGGCCAUGUUUAGUUGCCAAUCUGUUUGGCGAGUGGAUCAUGCCUCUAACAAAGCAAGUUCAGGUUGAAUACUUGUUGCGAAGAUUGGAUUAAACAAAAGAACAAGGUGGACGUGCUUGUUAUUUCUUCAUAGGUUGUAUGAAUGUAGAUAAUCUUAUAGAAUCCAAUAUAAAACAGCUCUGAGAUUAUUUUUAAAUAACUCUUGGUUUAAUAAAAAUAUAUUUUGAUGACAGAAGUAAAUCAACUUUCCAUAGAGAAGACACAUAAAUAAUUGAAUGAUUACUUUUAGAAAAGCUCA